AUGUAAGAUUCAGGUUUCGAAGGUGGUGUCUACGAAGUCACCAUAGUUUCAGCAGAUUUAAGACGCUACGAUGAGUCAACUUUAAAAAUUGAACCAUUUGUGGUCGCAGAAUUCAUUGAUCAAAAGUUUUAGACUGAUGCUGUUGAAGAAGGAGGUCAAAAUCCAGUUUGGAAUCACAGUUUUCAGAUCACAGUUAACAAGGAGACAUUAAAGGAUACAUUAGCACUUGCGAUCAUGGGCAAGGACGCAACAAGCGAUGACAUAGUGGGAAAUACUGUGAUUUAACUCAAAGAGAUUUUACCAGAAGACGGAAUUUAAAAAGAAGGUCAUUAUGAAAUUCACUAUGGAGGUGAAGAUGCAGGAUCGGUUAUUAUAUAGACCAGAUAUAUUGAACCGCUGAUUUCUUAUGAUUUUGUGCCCUCUGUUUUAACUUUGAAAAUUAACGAAGGUAUAAUCUCAAGGGAGCUAGAUAACAUUGCGAAUUCAAGUUCCUAUCUUAAAAUUGAACAUAAUGGUGUAAUUCAUAGGACAAAAAUUCAUAAGAAUGGAGGAAAAAGGCCUAUUUGGGAUUAGUAGUUUGAUCUCGUUGUUCAAGAUUUGUAAGAAGAUAUUAUCCUUAGCAUUAUUGAUGAGGAGCUAGGAGAGACUAAUCCGAUAUGUGUAAGACAAUUAAAGGCUCGUCAUAUUUUCAAACCCAGUAAGAUCCAUUACGACUGGAUAGGAUUUUAAUAUGAAAGUGAAAAAGUUGGGAAAGUAAAUAUGGAAUUCACAUUCAGGGAUAUCAUCCCUAAAACUUUAGAUCUUGCAAGUGUGGGCGAGAUUUAAAUCAGAGUGAACUAUGCGAGUUUCGAUAACCAAGAUAGCUCACUUGAAAUAAUCCAGCCCAGUGUUUCUAUUGAAUAUGACGAUUAAGUUUUAAAUACAUCCGUUCCAUAAGAAAGUCCAAGUACAACCCCUCUUUGGAAUGAGGUCUUAUAAUUUAAAGUAAAUGACCUAUCUCUGGAUAUUCUAAUUAAAGUUUAAGACGAAGAUCCGAAUCAUUAGCAGUUACUCGGAUAGAACUCAGUAAAACUCUAAGAGCUUAUUUAAAAUCAUGUCGGCUUAUAUCCCCUUUUCCUCGAGGAGUAGUAAGUUGGCCUUAUCUAUCUGGAGGUAGAAUAUCUGGAGAUUGCGAGUGGUCAGGAUGAAACAAUGAAAGAGAGCAUGAAAUUAUCUGCAGUUAAAUAGUAAUCAUCUUUUAAAGACAACUAGACUGUUUAUGACUAGACUAUUCUUGUCUAGAACUAAGUUUAAGACGAUCAGAUGCUAACACUUUCUGAGCAUAAUCACAUGUCAACAGUUGUACACAAUGGCAAGCACAGCUAGAUUGAAGAAGAAUAGAGGUUGAAUCAAUCUUCAGUCAGAGCUGAUACUGUUCUGCAAAACUAUCAGUACGGAAUCGUCACUGAUGAGAGUGAUCAUCUCUUGCUCUCCUCUGGAAAUCUCGGUCAGACCUUGAUAAAUCCUUUCAGUCAGCCUAUAAUAGAGGAGUAGGAGGAUGAAACAAAGCUCUAAGAGGAAGAAGAUCUUGCAUAAAAAGAAAAUGGAGAGGAUGAGAAUAUGUAAGAAGAUGAAUAAGAGCCAGUGUAAUAACAAGAGGAAGAGGAGUAUUAGGAUCAAGCGUUUGAAGAUGCCUAGGAGGAAUAGGACUAAUAACAAGAACCAGAAAAUGAUCAACAAUAGGAAAAUGAGUACUAAGACGAAUUCCAAUAGGAGGAGCCACCCCAAGAAGAGGCUGUGGAAGAGCCUCCUUAAGAAGAAGCUGAGGAAGAGCCUCCACAAGAAGAGGCUGCGGAAGAACCUCCUCAAGAAGAAGCAGGAGAGGAGGCAGCUUAAGAAGAGCCUCUGGAAGAGGAACCUUAAGAAGAAGCUGGGGAAGAGCCACCUUAAGAAGAGGCUUUGGAAUAGUUAGCGCAAGAAGAAUAAAACGCUGCUGAUGAAGAGGAGUAUAAACAAACAGAGGAAGAGUACUAGGACUAGGUUGAUUAAGAUCACCAAUAAGUUGAAUUGAUGAGCAUGAGAAGUAUGAAGAGCAUGAAAAGCGUUUAAAGCAUCAAGCAAACUAUGAUGGGCACAAACAAAUCACUCAAGAGUCUUAAGUAAAGUGUCAAGAGUCUUGAUAAGAGCAUGAAAAGUUUGAACUAAAGCAUAAAAAGUGUAAAGAAUUCUGAGCAAAAAAAUCAAAGUAUACUCUAGAGUAUCAAGAAAUCGGCGAAGGAUAAUACAAGUUUGUACCAGAGUAUUAAAAAAUCAGAAUAUGACAUGAUGAGCAUAAAGUAAGAAGAGCUAGACCAGCCUGAGGAGUUAAGGAAUACCUUCAAGAGUCAGCUAAGUAUGUCUUAGAGAAGUGCUAUCAACAGAACAGUAAAGAGCCAACUCGAUAAACAAAGUACUUUGUAAAAGGUGAAUGAGGAUCUAGGAGAUAAUAUCUCAAGAAAUACUAAUAAUAAUCAGAUAAGAUCAACUAUUUUCAAUCAGAGCUUGAAGAGUGUCAAGAGUAUAAAGUCUAUAAAGACAAUAAAAACUAUUAAAAGUGUAAAGUCUAUUAAAUCAAUCAAGAGCGUCAAGAGUUUGAACAAUGGUCAAGCAGAAGAGGGUCAUGCUGAAGUUGCUACCUCAGUCCACGAUGCUGAAAAGCAAUCAAAUCUUGAAGAUCUAAAUGAAAGAGCCAAUGAAGAGGAUGAGAACUAAUUGUAGGAGUAAUAAGAUGCAGAACAAUAACAGCAAGAAUAGGAGGAGUAGCAAUUGCAACAGGAGCCAGAGUAGCAAGAAUAAGAACAAGAGUAGCAGGAAUAGGAGCCAGAGCAAGAAUAGCAAUAAGAAGAGCCUGAAUAAGAGUAGGAACAGCCAUAGCUAGAUGAAGGAUAAGAGGAACAAUAAAAUGAGGAGGGUCCAAAUGAGUAAUAAGAAGAAUAAUAAGAGAAGGAGGAAGAUUAGCAAGAGCAGCAACACUAGGAAGAAUAGCAAUAGGAAGAGGACUAGCAAGCUGAAGCUGAAAAUCAAUCGCAGCAUGAGAGUGAUGUCAAGUUCAAUGAAUUGAAUCUUCAUUAAUAGAAAUCAAUCGUUCGUAAAGACUCAAAGCUGUCUUCUAUAAAGUUAGAUGAUAACGAGCAAGAGUAAGCUGCAUAAGAGCAUUAUGAAGAUUAGUAGCAAGCAUUCAGAGAGAGUAAAUCAUAGUCAGAGCUCAAUCGAAUUCUUGCAGAGAGAGAAAAUGAGGAGAAGCUCAAUUAGAGCAUCAAUAAUAAUAGAUUCCCACCACUACAGCAGGAAAUUCCCUUCUAAUACAAAACUAUAGAUGUUGAUAAGAAGAUCGACUUUUAUGGAAAGAAAAACUCUCUCGGUGCCACCACUUCUCUAAACAGCACUUAAAACACCUUUAAAAACACUUUAAAGGUUAUUAAGCGAGAUUAGUCAGCCUAAUAGCUUACAGAACUGCCACCAGUGCAUGCUAUGAUGUUUAACAAGCAAAAGAAUGACUUGAAAAUGAUCAGGAAUAUGUCCCAAAAAAAGUUCCUCAAGCCUCUCAAGAAGUCACAGUAGAAAUGGGAUGAAACUUUCACUACUGUUUCUCUUAACAACAAAGUAGGAGCACAUCCUUACUAUAGAGUAUUCUUUGACAAGCCAAGCAAGAAAACCCCAGAUACUAUAUUCAGAGAUCAUCCUAAUUCUAGAAGCAGAUCCCCUUAGUACAAUGAAAGACUAUUCGAUACUUAGACUAGUUUCAACAAGGCCAAGAAGACCUAUGCCAAUUGGGAUGAGUACUUCCACUAAAUGCAGAGCAAGGACAACAUUAAGAUCCACAAGCACUUCAAAGAAUUCUUUGACAAGCCAGUUAACUACAGUCCUAAACAUCAACCAUUCAAGGCACCACAGCCGAUGGAAAAUUAUCAACCUCUGUCAAAGAGAAAUUCUUAAAACAACACUCCUACAAGAGUGUCAACUGAGAGGAGGAGUCAUGAGAGGAUCAAGAAGAUCGAUACAAACAGAUACCUUAGCAAUAGAUCUCAGAAUUCUGGAGUCAUGAGAAGCGCUGUCAGCAAGGACAGAGGCGUUGGUGGUAAGACCAUGAGAUAUGAAGAAAGAGAGAACAGAAUUUCCAAGAAGUACGGCAGAAAUGCUGUUGAAUCAAGAGGAAAUUUAUUCUAAUGA